AUGUCAAUAUGGCUGCUCAGCUCGCGCAUUGCAGAGGAGGCUGCCCAACGGCCCAAAGGUGAGAGACGGCCUGAUGAUGAUGAUGAAAACGGGCCCAAACCCAACAGAGAUUUGGAAGCGGGAAAAUCCCUGCCCUUCAUCUAUGGAGACAUUCCACCCGAAUUUGUGUCCGUCCCACUGGAAGACCUGGACACCUACUACAGCAACCAAAAUACCUUUAUAGUAUUGAAUCGCGGGAAGACUAUAUUCCGUUUUAAUGCUACGCCGGCUUUGUAUAUUUUGAGCCCCUUCAAUCCAUUGAGGAGAAUCUCCAUCAAGGUCCUGGUGCAUUCAAUGUUCAGUUUUUUGAUCAUGUGCACAAUCUUGACCAACUGCAUCUUCAUGACCCUCAGCAAUCCCCCGGACUGGGCCAAGAAUGUGGAGUACACGUUCACAGGGAUCUACACUUUCGAGUCCCUGAUAAAGAUCCUGGCACGGGGCUUCUGCGUGGGGAAGUUCACUUUCCUGCGAGACCCCUGGAACUGGCUGGAUUUCAGUGUCAUUCUGAUGGCGUAA